AUGGCAGAAUACUCGUUGACCUUUAUCGCUCAUGGCGACUCGUUGAGUGCUGACAACCAGAACACUAUCGACCGUUUUGUGGCUUCCAGACUCACCUUGGAAGUCAUCUCCAAGUCUGAACUCUCGCCCAACAGAGUCAUCGACUUCACUGUUAGCACCGAUGUUCCUGACGUCGUCAAGUCUUUAAUCCAAAAAGAAAAGGAAGCUUCUAACCCUCCUUACGAUGUCAUUUUCCAAGAGUUGCGGCUGAGAAAGAGCAAAAAGUUGUUCAUCUUCGACAUGGACUCAACGCUCAUAUACCAGGAAGUGAUCGAGUUGAUUGCAGCUUACGCAGACAUCGAGGAUAAAGUUGCAGAGAUCACCGAGAGAGCCAUGAACGGGGAGUUGGACUUCAAUGCGUCUUUGCGUGAGCGUGUGCUUUUGUUGAAGGGUAUCGAUGCUACUACGCUCUGGGACGAAUUGAAAGAGAAGAUCCAAAUCACCAAUGGAGCCAAGGAGCUCUGCAAAGUUUUGAAGAAGUUGGAUGUCGUGAUGGGUGUCUGCUCUGGAGGUUUCAUUCCUUUGGCUUCACAUGUGAAGGAUGUGCUUGGUCUCGACUACGCUUAUGCUAAUACUUUGGGUGUCGACAGCGAGAACAAGCUUGAUGGAACCACCAUUGGUUACAUUGUGAAUGGAGAGAAGAAGGCCGAGCUUUUGCUUGAAAUCGCUGCAAAGCAUGGCAUCGACCCACAGGAUGCGGUGGCCGUGGGCGACGGUGCCAACGACUUGAAGAUGAUGAGCACCGGAGGCUGGGGUGUGGCAUGGAACGCUAAGCCAAAGGUUCAGAAAGAGGCCCCAUGCUGCUUGAACACCACAUCCUUGCAGGAUAUCUUGUACAUUAUGGGCUACAGUGACAGCCAGAUCAAUGCUCUUCUCCGCUAG